CUGACCAAGACUUUAUACCAACAAUUUCCUCAUUCUUGCCAGUCUUUUCUUUCUCUUGAUUUCUUCCCCAAUCCUGUUACCAAAUCUCUUAUCUUUUUGAUCCAUACACAAUCAUGGAUGUCCAAGAUCAGACCACACAUGUUGCCAUCCCUUCAGGAAACGAGCAUCAUGGGGUUCAUUUAUGUCAUAGAUGUGGAUGGGCUUUUCCAAACCCACAUCCAAGUGCUAGACACAGAAGAGCCCACAAGAAGAUCUGUGGAACCAUUGAAGGUUACACUAAUUUGAUUGAUUCAGGAGUGGUUUCAGAUGAUGAGCACCAUCUUGAUGAUGAUAAAGAAAAGACCCCAAGUCCAGUGAUUGAGAAGAGGAUUGGGGGAAGAUCUAGUAGAUCUGAAGAGGAUUUGUUUUCAGAUGCAGUGACUGAAUUUUCAGAUAGUGUGGAAGAUAGAUCUGUUGUUUAUCAGGAUUCAAACAAAACUCUGGAUAGAGAUUUGUUUUUUUCAUUUAAGGAUGCUGAACAUGGUGGUGCUAAUGAGGUGUUAAAUGCUCCCAUAGAGAUCAGCAAAGUCGAUGCAAGUCUUACGAUUUCCGAAAAUCUAGAUACCCAUGUGGAGAAAAACGGAGAGACUAAGAUAACAACUAUAUGUGAUUCAACUGAGGCAAAACUUGAGUCACAGCCCCUAGAUGCGGAAUCAAUUGAUCUUGUGGAGAAACGGGUGGAAAAAGUUCAAGAAUCUCAAGCAUCUGAAACUGAUGAGCAUGCUGUUCCAUUGACUGUUACCGAAGAAGCUAAAGAUGCUGGAUUUCAAGCUUCAGAGCUGAGCAAAACGACCCCUGAAGUUUCGGAGGUCGCUAAUGGUGAAAAGUUAAAACCAGAAACUGUGGGUGGAACUGAUUGCGAGCAUAUUUCAGGAGUCGUUGAAGAAUCUGGAAUGGAUCAAAGGACCAAUGGAAUCAGUGAAGAAAUGAAGCAUGAAAAGUUGGAAUCGGAUCAUGAACAUGCUUCAGAAGUUGUCAAAGAAUCUGAAACCGAUCAAAGUGCAGAGGGAGUUGGUGAAGAAAUCAAAAAGUUGGAAUCAGAUUAUGAACAUCCCUCAGAAGUUGUGAAAGAACCUGAAACCGAUGAAAGCAAGCAUGAAAAGCUUGAAUCUGAUCAUGAACAUCGCUCAGAAGUUGUGAAAGAACUUGAAACCGAUGAAAUCAAGCAUGAAAAACCCGAUUCAGUUUUGGCCGAAAAAGUGGAUCUUGGGGCACCAAUCUUGGAGAAAAGCUCAAAAGAACACACCCAUGAAGUUGUUGAAGAACCCGAUUCAGUUUUGGCUGAAAAAGAGGAUCUUGGGGCAACAAUCUUGGAGAAAAGCUCAAAAGAACACACCCACGAAGUUGUUGAACAACCCGAUUCAGUUUUGACCAAAAAAGAGGAUCUUGUGGCACCAAUCUUCGAGAAAAGCACAAAUGAGCACACCCACGAAGUUGUUGAACAACCCGAUUCAGUUUUGGCUGAAAAAGAGGAUCUUGGGGCACGAAUCUUGGAGAAAACCUCAGAAGAACACACACAUGAAGUUAUUGAACAACCCGAUUCAGUUUUGGCUGAAAAAGAGGAUAUUGGGGCCCCAAUCUUGGAGAAUAGCUCAAAAGAACACACCCACGAAGUUGUUGAACAACUCGAUUCAGUAAUGGCUGAAAAAAGGGAUCUUGGGGCACCAAUCUUAGAGAAAAGCUCAAAAGAACACACACACGAAGUUGUUGAAGAACCCGAUUCAGUUUUGACUGAAAAAGAGGAUCUCGGGGCACCAAAUUCCGAGAAACGAGAAGUUGUUGAAGGUCUUGAUUCAGUUUUGACUGAAAAGAAGGAUCUUGGUGCACCCAACUCAGAAAAAUGCUCAAAAGAACACACCAAAGAAGUCAUCAAAGAAACAAAACUUGAUAAUGACGGUAAGACUGCUUCUGGUGUUGUGUCUGAACACAUCGUAGAAGAAGGUAACAGCAAACUGAUGCCAAAUCAAGAUUCCGGUGUGGAUUUCUCGGUAGAUUCAAGCAGCCGCAACAGUCUUGAGGGAAAUUGGGGAUCAGUUUCAGUGCUUUCUACUGCUUCAAUCGAUGCCGAAGCUUCACAUUCGACCGACAAGUCAAAAGUCAACUCUGGGAAGUUGGUUGCAGCCGAUAGCCACUUGGGUUCAUCCGAUGUCUUUGAACCACCAUCAUUUAUGACACUAGUCGAACCAAAAGUCGAUGAUCAGAAACCUGCUACUGGUUCACAAGAUUCCGAACAGCAAUCCGAAGCUUCACAAGCCGGCUGGUUCCCGACUCUAACCAACGUCAGCAAUGAAUCAGAUGGUAGAAAGAGGAACGAGGAAGUGAUCGCAAAAGUUACAAACUGGAGCAGCAGCACCCCCACCACCGCCACUGGGAAAUACUCAACGCCUCUAAAGAACCUGUUGGGUGAAGCCAAAUCGCCAAACGCUAAACAACCACCACCACCGGCAGCGGCGACUGUGGUCGAGAAAGAUGAGGCUGCAACUGUGGUUGAGAAAGAUGAAGCUCCGGCGGCGGCCGCGGCGGUGAUGUCGCCGCCGAAAUUGAUUGAUGACGGCAAGAAUGCAAGGAAGAAAGUAAAGGGUAGAGGGUCAUGGAUGCCAUUUGUCUGCUGUUCUUCAGUAAAUGUUGUUAAUUAGAAGAUGAGAUGCAAGAUUGCAGACUGGUGUUGCCAUCAAUUUGUUGGUCUAAUUUGUUGCUAGUUUGGGUAUUUGUAUAUUUUAAGUGAUAUAGAAUGGGUGAUUUUGUACU